AUGAUUGAUGAUGAAUCGAGCACGAAGCCCGAACCUGGGAGCACGAAGAGAAAUUAUAUUGUGAUUGAUGAUGAAUCUGGCCCAGCCAUUAAAUUUGGUGAGCUGUUGGAGGAGUUGACUUAUGACACAGCCUGGCCUGCCCCGAGCGGGCAAGAGGCAGAUAUACCAAACGCUCUUGCACUCUCCUUGGAUAAAUGCUUUUGCCAAGAAGCUGAAAGGAACUAUGACCAAAGUGAGUCAUUUUGCUCCAUAUUCGCCUUGUUAAACGCUCAUCCUUGUGGUCUAGGUACGAGAGCCAAUGAGCGGUCAAGCCCACUAGGCUCUACCUCCAAUCCUAUUAUGAUCUAUAUCGAUGAAGACUGCAGCACGAAUCAGCGUGAUUCCGAAGCAGGUAUUCAGAUCACGCCGGACUAUCUCGGCCUCCCUUACUGGGCAAUUGAUAGCCCGCCUGUGACAUUUGGAUCUCCAGCCUGUGAAUUGGUCGAACGUGACGCUCAUUCUUCCGAGUUGUACACGGAGUCUCAUCCCAAAGUGUUUGAGAGGGACACUAGUCCCUCGGGCUCGGCUCCCAAUCCAAUCGUGAUCCAUGUCGAAACAGAGGCAGAUAAGUGCGAUUCAGAUGUCGACACCGAGAUCAUGACCUCGCCCUAA